AUGAAAACGUUGCCAUCUCAUGUGGUGCCUCACGGUAACUCCUCUGCACCAAAUGGACGGGUAUGGGUUGGAGAUGCAAGUUUCAGUUCUUCAUUCCUAAAGUUAAAGGGAAAAUCUAUAAAGUCAAGAGUCUCCCACCUAGACGGCUUGUUGGAUCCAGUUCCUUAUAAGUCAGCUCGAAUGUCUCGCCAUGAGUUUACCUACCAGUUUUCAGUGAAACCGGGGCAGAAGUUCAUACGCACACGCACUUGCCGCCCUUCAUACAAAGGUUUCAAGAAGUCCAAAGCCAUUUUUGCAGUAAAAACUGAUCAACAUACCCUGCUCAGUGACUUCAUCCCUGCCCUUGCUGCCAAUGCUCUGGGCAUAAACUAUUUCAAAAAGGAAUUUUGUAUCAAUAUACAAGCAAGUGAAGCAUUAAGCAUAACAUUCGUACCAUCUCGAAAACCAAGCUUUUUGGAAGACACUUAUGCUUUUGUCAACACAAUCGAGAUUGUUUCCAUGCCUGCUGGUCUGUAUUUCAUACCAGAUGGCGAUCAGGGAGUCCGUGUUGUUGGACAAAAGCACAGAUUCUACAUUGACAACACGACAGCACUGGAGACAAUUCAGCAAGUAAAUUUUGGCGGAAACUCUAUUUCACCCUUGGAAGAUGCAACCAUGUUCCGGGACUGGGAAGAUGACUCUACUUACCCAAUAGAAGUUGGUGCCUUUUCGAUCAACAGAGCCAUCGCAAUCAGAUAUACAUCCUCAGCUAUUCACAUUGCACCAAAAGAAGUUUACCAAACUGCCAGGUCAGUGGGUGCACACUACCAUUCGAAUGUCUGUAAUCUCACAUGGAACAUUCCACUUGAUUUGGGAUUCAGAUACAUUGUUAGGCUCCACUUUUGUGAAGUUGAACCUGCGAUGAUAAAUGAAGGUGAAAGGAAUUUCAAUAUUGUCAUAAACAAUCGGAAUGCUGAAGAUGAAGUCGAUGUGAUCAAAUGGAGUGGGGGACAUGGAAUUUCGUAUACGAGAGACUAUGUUGCCAUUAUGGAGGGUGAUAGAAGGGAAGGUAAGCAUAAACUUUCUACAGUUUUGCAGCCAAAGUUUGCUACAAUCAGUAACUAUAGUAGCGCCAUCUUGAAUGCGCUAGAAGUAUUCAAGAUAAACAACCCUGACAAUAAGCUUGGCAGUGUGAGCCCUGCGCAUCCUGUUACCAGUUCAACACUAGAGAAAUCAGAGCAAUCUGUGCCGUUUUCUACAAAGAAUAAAAUUGCAACUGUACUGACAUUGAUAGUCACUCUGAUCAAUGUUGUUGUUUAUUACACUAGGUGUCUUUCAGAGAUGAACUUUGGCAAGAUGAACAAUAGACAAUCUUCCGGAGACUCGUCAGUUCUAGCUGGAUGA